CCCUCCCUCAACAUCCUCCCUUUAUUCCGGGCUUUUUGUUUGCUUUUGUCCUGACGCACAAAACAAAAACUCCUCCGGGGCUGCAGCGGCGAGGCAAGUGUAAGAGGGAGAGCGGUGAUGACAGAGGAGAGGUGUGCCAAACUAUUUUCACUGUUCCCUGCAGGUGGAGCAGUAUGUUGGUGAAAUUAAAGGUGGCCUGAGACCAACCAUGAAACUCACAAUCAUAGGCAUGGUACACUCCAGACCCAAGAGCUUUUCAGUGACUCUGCUCUGUGAUCCAGUGGAUGCCAACAAAGACGUUGGGCUGUUAUUUACUGUUAACUUCAGUGAGAAAUCCAUCACCCGAAAUGCACGAAUUGCUGGGAAAUGGGGAAGAGAAGAGAAGACUAUUCCUUACUUUCCAUUUACAGCAGGCGACACGUUCAAGAUGGAGCUCUUAUGUGAACACCAGCAAAUACGAGUCUUGCUUGAUGGACGGCAGCUCUGUGACUUCACUCACCGCAUUCAGCCUCUGAAUUUGGUGAAGGCUUUGCGGAUCUCAGGGGAUAUCAAACUUACCAAAGUGGCUUGAAAAGAGAAGGUCCACAAUACUACCAGAGGACAUAGGAAAAUGUACUUUCUCUUGUUUCAGACAUGUUUUGUCUUUUUCCCCUUGCUGAUUCUGGAGAGUGGGAACUGUAUCUUUUUUUAAUUUGCUGAUGUGUUUGAGAUACACACUUUUUUCCCCCAUACACACUCACAGCAAUUGCAAAGCUAUGGCUAGUCUGGAUAAAUCUCAAAGCCUUUGCUGAGAUACACUUCUGGCCUGCCAAACUGCAAGAUUUAUGAUGUUAUGCAGUAUCUCACGUCCUUGUGGCUCCUUACCCCCUCAGGCAUACCAGGUGGCAGAGCUCAGUCCUCUGUGGCGAGUGGCUGUUGUUAGCCUUGUGACUAGAAGUGGGCAUUAUGCAGGUGGUGGGUCAGAGAAAAGAGAAGGAGGAGAUUUUCUUAUAAAUUAAUAAGGGAGUCUGAUGGGCCCCGGAACGGCUCAUGUUAUCAGGAGGGAAUUGCUUUUUCUGGAAGCUCAGCUCAUUCAGCACAAAACCACCUGUGUUCCCCAGCAGAGAGCAAUAAAUGCCUUACCCUGUCUCUUCCAGGCAGCUCUUCUGGAACUGAAAGUUUUUGACAGCUGUGGAUUUCACAGUCUUCUCUGGAUCAGCCUUAGAAAAUUGUAUCUGUAGCUGAAACUGCACUGCCCAUUCUUGUUCUUGCAUCUAAUUAAAACUGCACCUUUUCUGGCACACUUUUUUACAAGCUCUCGAGUAUCUGAAUGCAUGAAAAUGUUGUGCUGUUAUUUCAUUGCUGUAGCUUUUGAGGAAAAUCCUAAAUACAUGACAAUUUUAAUAAAUAAAUAAACGAGCAUGUAUCAUA